AUGUCCGCUAGAAAGAAAGAACCCCGUCAAGGAACUUCCUGCGAACUAUAUCACACGAACUUGUCUUUCCAAGAAGAUCUACAGCCAUCCGUCGGUCCAUCUGGAUCACCCUAUCCAAGCCAACCUUGCCCUCUUCGACGUAUACGCUCAUGCUUUGGGUUGCCAAAUCCAGAUGGUUCAUACACUUAUUCCAGAGACUAUUCCGUACCAGAAGGCUCUCCGCACCCUAACAAUAUUUGCCGAUCUUGUAUUCAAAAGAAAAGCCAAGAUGGUUUAUACAAUUAUCUUAGAGCGUGUGAGAAAAAAUCAGGGAUUGAUGAUGAUGAUGCUCCAAGAACACGCAUUCCUAAAGUCAAUCCAGAUGCCUUUAGAGACAUGAAUGAUGAACGGCAUUCACAAAACCAAAUUCAAGAUGAUGUCCAUUUCCCACUGCGAAUCCGUUCGGAUCAGCGUCGAAAAAAUCAUCGCAUUAGUCAGAAUAACGAGAGAGAAAAUGUACCGCCGCAACCAUCUUGCUCCUCGUCCAAUAACCCCGAUUGCCCACCUAUGAAUCCAUUCUACAACAGCUUCGAUGACCAGAUUAAUCGAUCGACCGAGAUACAUAGACUUCAUGAAAGAAUUGAUUUGCUGGAAAAUAACAUUCUGGGAAAUGUGGACACGACAGCUUAUUGUCUAUGCAGUUGCCAUAACUCAACACGACCUAUGACGCCUCCGCCGGAAAAUUCUUGGCAAAGAAACGAGCCACGGCUAUUUCCAGAUCCAAGAGAUGAUUGGGAUGAAAGUGCUGAACCUGGGUUUCCUACUCCAAUUGUAUAA